UUGUGUAACAAGGUACUGUUGGCCGUCGCCAUAUAAGCGACGCCAGUGAUUAUUUGGAAUCGUUUUUGAAAUCGUCGUUUUCGACGACAGGGAGUGCCCUGCUCCCAAGAGGGUCUUUUUCAGUUUGUUUUAAGAAUCUACUUAAUUUAAAAUUGAUUGUGCACUACCGGUAAUAGGUAUUUUAUAAUUUAUAAUAAUUAAUCAUGGCUUGCUGAAAAAAAUGACGGGCCUGAAUAUUAUUGCCGUAUCUCCAUGCGGAGAAUUUUUCUCCAGUAGUGUUGCUGUAGAUGUUAGAGGAUUAUACAAUGGAAAAGAAACCAUCAGGUCGUUCAGCUCAAGCCCCUGGGAAGGCAAACGGAACUGAACUGAAGAAAAGUCAAGAUGCCGUUAACAGUAAACUAUUUCCCCGUGCUGUGCGACGGCGAGAGCCAAAUGGAUCUAGUAGCACGAAGUUUGAUCCAAAUAGGAAGACAGUCUUACAAAAGAGUAAAUCUUUCGACAAAAGGCCACGGCCCAGAGGACAGUAUUAUAACUGUGGAAAGGAGAAUACCAAGGUAGUACCAGAUGAGAUUGGCUCAGUUUUUGUGCCAGGAAAUAAGAAACAGAAUUUAAACCAUCUGCUGAACUUCCAUUAUGCACCAAGAGAGGGUGUUGUACCUGGUUCUGGCCACUGGCAUUCAUUUCCAUCAGGUGUGGGACGGCAUGGUUCUGCUCGGUGGUUAACAUCUACCCACAAACACAAAUAUAACAAGGAGCAGUUCUUACAAGCAAAUUGCCAGUUUGUGGUGAAGGCUGAUGGUAAUUAUACACCAUACACUUCAAAUCCUGAUGUUUUGGUAAACUGGGACUUCAUUGAACAGAUACGUUUUCAGAGUUCUGAAAUGUUGUCCUGUCCAAUCUGCCUGUAUCCACCAGUCGCUGCGAAGAUGACCCGCUGUGGCCACAUUUACUGCUGGCCCUGUAUGCUUCACUAUUUGGCUCUUUCUGAUAAAACAUGGCGGAAAUGUCCUAUCUGUUAUGAAGCAGUGCAUAAACAAGACCUAAGAAGUGUAAUUGCAGUACCCCACAUGCAGCUUUCAGUCGGGGAGGAAGUCACUAUGCGUUUGAUGAAACGUGAGCGAGGUUCACUCGUUGCUCUGCCCGUAGAUCAGUGUGGCAUUCGUCCCAUUGACCAACUCCUGUCUGUGUCAGAAACCGUCGUGGAUACAGUUCACUCCAAACUUCUCGUGGCUACACCACAAGAGGUGAUGUCCAUCGUCAACCACGAGAGAAAUGAACUUCAGAAGCAGUUGUCUGAAGAAGAAAAUUGUCCUGAAACCUGCUUUAUUGAGCAAGCGAUUAACCUGCUGAGCGAAAGACAUGCAGCGUUAUCUAAGGAGAUAUUAACAGUGCAGACUGAAAAUGACAAACCAGAAUUGAAUGUUCAGAAAAGUUCAGCAGAAAGCAAACCAGACGUUGUUUAUAAUUCGGCAUUUGACGAUGAUUAUGCUGCAUUGGAUAAUUCUCCCAUCCUAACAUCUUUACCUUCAGAUGAGAAUCAGUCAUUAAUGGCACUGGAACAAAAUGCGAGCUGUAAUGAGCCAAGCUGCUUGAAAUUGUCUGGAGAAAAUACGGAUAGAUGUCGCUACGAGAGCGUGAGCAGUGAGGGAAUGAGCAGUGAUGAUGGUAACACUGCCUUUAGAGUGGAAGACUUGGAGAUUCCCACAAAUCUUCAGGUGCAUACUAGGCAGUCAGAAGUACAACCGGUCAAACAUUUCUAUUUUUAUCAGGCUGAAGAUGGUCAACACAUAUAUCUGCAUGCCUUGAACGUGCGCAUGUUGCAGCACUAUUACGGAUCCCUGGAGCACUGUCCUCCAACUUUAACAGGUUGCAUCAUUGAAAAGGAAUCAGGUUCCAUGACAGAAGAACUGCGGCGUAGAUUACGCUAUCUUCAGCAUCUUCCAAUAACUUGCCAGUUUGAGGUAGCUGAAAUACAGCUGAAGCCUCCGAUUGUGUCAAAAGAAACUAUAGACCAUUUCCAAGACCAACUGGAAGUACGAAGACAACGCCGCCAGCGUCGUGCCCGGGAUGAAAGGCGCAGAGAAAAGAAAAUUAUUGAAGAAGAGAACCGGCGUUGGGGUCGGUAUCCUACACCUCAUAUACGCAUUGAAUCACAACACCACUUUCCUCAGUGUGGAAUUGACUGUGAUUCUGCUGUUACAAACUUCUCUGCCUCCGUUCAGUCAAGUAUGGCAAACAUCCCCACUCCAUCUCAUGAGAGCAUUUCAUCUGCAACUGUAGAAGCUGAGAACUUAAGUCUGGAAUCACAAAUGUAUGAAGAAGUUCAUGUCCUUCCAAAAGUUGGCUCUCCUGACCUGCCAGGAAUGUCGUUUGCACGGGUAUCUUCGGCACCUGUGCCAAUUACAAGUAAGAUCAAACCAGCUGGAGGACGACGUCACAACUCUGACAGUGAGCCAGAACCGGAGGGUUAUGUUCCUGCCCCCACAUUCAGCCAGAGCUUCAGUGAUGCCAUUGCUCUUGCACUAGAAAAAGCAGUUGCUGACAAAGAAACUCCAAAAGGUGAAGGUGAGUCUAGUUCAGGUAAGAAGAAGAAGAAGAAGAAACAGAAGCAGAAGGUGUUGUUUGCAACCAGCAUGGCUUGUUCUGGUAAAUAAUCUUUUACAGUGAUGUCCAGUAAGUUUCUUCAGUACAUUCAUUUUAUCUGUGCUACGUUGUAAAGUGCUCAAGAUUCUGCAUUCUGGUAGGAUUAUUGAUUACUGACUGGGGUUUGGAAACUUUUGAAGCAUCUUUGGUCAUAUGUAUAAUGUGUGUAUUCAUUUUGCCUAUUCUGGUAAGUUUCUUUCUGUUUCUGCUUAUGUCCAGUGCCUCAAAAAUCCACAUCCUGUUUGUUGGGUGCACAAAUCAAUAUUUUAUUUGGUUUAGGUAUAUUUUAAAAUCAAUAAAAAAAAUCACAAACUAUUCCCACAUAAAAAGUAAAAUUUACAAAAUAAAAAUAUUAAAUUUAACAGCAUGUAGAUUGAGAGUUUAUUGGUAAUUUGCAUCUUUCAGACAGCAAUUAUGGCAUGGUGAUGUGUAGUUAAUCUGUUAUUGCCUCAAAUAGGUUUGUUUUACUUCAGUACCAUGGAAUCAUGUAGUUAUCUAUAUUACUAAUUUCUCACAGUUGCAGGAGCUACAAAUUGUAACUCUUGGAAAAUACAUGAGCUUGAAUCCCAGCUGAUAAAUUGUUAGUCGUAAUUCAGUUGGACUAUUUGUAAUUUCCACAUCAUACAUAUAUGUGAACUACAUGUUAGACAAGUGAUCAAAAACCAGUUUCUCUUGAAAUACGUGCAGUUUGGGGUAUUCAUUUAAUUUUAUUCUACAAUUGAAUUUCUACAUGUUCCUUCUGUGCCUGGUAAGAAGAGCUCGAGUCAAAACAUUAUUAUGACUUCACUGUCUUACUGAGCAUUGAAGAUUUUCAUUACUACGUGCUACUACUAAUGUGGCUUUAGCCGAUUGGAAGACUGUUUUCAUUUGGAUAAAAUUAUCGAACAUUUAAAGGCCAAUAUAUAAUAAUUGAUAGAAAUUCUGGAGCUUUUUCAGAACUGUAUUUGAGUGACACCUGUUCUCAAGUAAGUGAACUAUAUUGUGACUUUGAUCUAGUGACAUUUCAGUCAUAAGAGUAGAGUAGGUAUUGUGACCAGAUCAGCCAGUCAUCUGGGUGGCUAAGUCGCAGCCAGUACCAAAGAGAGUAAGAUUGGAAUAUAUUCACAUUUUAAACAAUGAUACAUUAUGUUUACAUAUUUGCAAAAGCUCUUGAUGUUUACUAGGUUUGAUAACUUGUUCACCAGAUUGUUAUGUAAACUACAGUGGAGGUUAUGUGAUAUUGUAAUUCAGAUCCAUCAGUUUUCUUUUGUUGCCUGUAUGGGUGUCAGCCUCUAAUUAGUUUGUUCCAUGUUCAAUUUUUGCUUGUUGGAAUAAUCAGCAUGAGAAUAUUGUAAGAACAUAGCAUUUGCAGGUCGGUGAGCCUGUGUUGUUACUGGAGGGCCUCGGAUCCAGUAAGCUAAGUUCUCAAGAAAUAACUUAAAGGCAGUAAAUGUUACUGUAUACUUUGAGAUUGAGUUCAGCAAGGGAAUUGUAAAUUUUAUUCAUCAAAAUACAUAAUUUGAAACUA